CUAAAUGUCACUUCAUUGCUCAGUAGACAGAUCUAAAUUCGCUUCGAAUGAGUACCAGGAUCCAAAAUUUUCAGAAGAAAUAAAGGGAGUCAGAAAAUCAAAGAAGAGAUUUUUGGUGAAAUCCCGUAGUUCAAAAUUAACGACAAGAGAGUCUAGAAAUAAAAAGACAGUUAGGUUUGCACUUGAUCCAGAAGAUUUAAUAGAGCAAACCAACUUCUCUAAACGGUCCUUAUGCAAUCUUAAGCCAAAAGAAUUCAAAAUUCUUUCAUUGCCUUUGAAAACUAAUAAGAAAAAUAAAAAUACAAUAAAAAGAAGUCAGAGUCAUCUAUUAAUGCAAAAAGAUUGUGGAAAGUUUAAAAAUGGAAAUUUAGCUUUAAUAAAAUAAAAAUAUUCCUAAAUUUCUCAAGACAAAGUCAAAUAUUCAACAGAUCAGACAAAGGAUUAAGAAUAGUCAGCCUUCUCUUAUCAAUAAGUUCAGAGCUAAAUAUCCCAUAAACAUAAUCCAAAAUAAAUCAACCAUCAAUAUUAAUGAAAAGAAAGUGAUUAGUACUUCAAGCUUAAAGAAUUUUAAAUUUGGUUGUCAGAAUGAGAAAGAGGAGCAGAAUCUGUCACAGCUUAGAGAGUCACAGACAUAUGAUUCAAGAGUUUCAGACUGAGAAGUCUUUUUGCAGAAAGAGUUCAAGCCACAAGUUCCUUGUCCUUAUAAACACAUAUGGAAGGGAAGUAGCUACAAACCUCCCAGAAACUCAACGGAAGUUAAUAGCCCUCGAGGGGCUGGUAAACUCACUCCUGAAUUCUACAAAGCUCUUCUCAGGCAUGGGACUUCCAUGCGUGAAAGCACUAAGGAGAAGAGUUUGCUUUCUAUGCGCGCUAGUAUCAGCCCUAAUGAGUAUUCCACACAAACUUCUAUUGAACGACAAAGCCAGAAGUCUUAUUUUCAGUCAUAUCUCCAUUGACCAACUUUUAGAAAGAAUAAGGUAGAUUUCCUGGUAAACUAUAGUCAACAAUCAGAAAGGUUCGUCCUCAGACAGGCAGAAGUAGGAAGCUUUUGAAAGAAAGACUCAACGAGUCCCAUGUAAACUUCUUUAAUUAACCAAUGCACUUUUAUCCUG